UUGUGCUACUCGAGUGCCUUCUUCUCCAUGACGCAGCAAGACGUUCGCCAGGCGCUGGACGCCCCCGCAUUAGCAGCCUACAUCCACUCGCGACUGGGUGCAUCGCACGGCGCCAUCGCGUCCAUCCGUCAGUUCCAGCAUGGCCAGUCCAACCCGACGUACCUCUUGACAAUGGCCGGCUCGAAAGCCAAGUGGGUGUUGCGUAAGAAGCCGCACGGUCAGAUCCUGCCGUCAGCUCACGCCGUAGAGCGCGAAUAUCGUGUUCUAGAGGCUCUGGAGCACUCGGAGGUGCCCGUUCCCCGCGCUGUGUUGCUAUGUGAAGACCCCAAAGUCAUUGGCACACCUUUCUACCUCAUGGAAUACAUACAUGGUCGUAUCUUCCAAGACCCAUCGCUGCCUGGCAUUAAACCUAUGUAUCGCUACGCCAUGUACAGCUCGGCAGUAGACGCGUUGGUUAAGUUGCACGAGCUGGACUACAAGAAGAUCGGACUGGCCGACUUCGGUCGCCCCGAGAAGUACUGCCACCGUGUCGUGACGCGCUGGAGUCGACAAGUCCAAAGUGGCCAGAAGGUCUUUAGUGAAGCUGGAGUGAAGGAGAACCCGAAGAUGACGCAGCUGCAACGUUGGCUGGAGCAGAACGCCGACGACGCCGAGAAGGCCACGACCAGUGCCGAGGGAGCGAGUAUCGUCCACGGAGACUUCCGCAUUGACAACAUGAUCUUCCACCCGACGGAGCCUCGUGUGUUGGCCAUUCUGGACUGGGAGCUGUGUACUAUCGGCAAUCCGUUCUCGGAUGUAGCCACAUUGGCGUCGGCCUACAGACUGCCACUGGACAACUCGAACACAAUCAUGACGCCUGGUCUCUCGGAUGCUCCGUUGAAGACACUCGGCAUCCCAUCGGAGAGUGAAUUGUUGCUAGGCUACUGUCGUCGUGCCAGACGGUUCCCUCUACCCACUCAGACGUGGCAUUUUUUCAUGGGGAUGAUCGUAUACCGCUUCGCAGCCAUCUGCCACGGUGUAUACGCCCGCGCACUGCUCGGCAACGCGUCGUCGGCCAACGCAGCAUGUGCCAAGACGACGAUGGACCGACUCUUGGCCAUGAGCGACGACAUCAUGGACGCAUCGGCUGAUAUUUACCCGGAGCCGGAGCUGACGCACAUUCUGCCGUUCCCGAUCCGUCCUCAUGCUCUGCAGAUGUACAAGAAGCUGCUAAAGUUUUGCCAGAACCGAGUGUACCCCGCUGAGUCCGUCCACAUUGCUCAGAUCGCCAAGGCGAGAGAAGAAGGACGGGAGUGGCAGAGUGUGCCUCCUGUUAUUGAAGAGCUCAAGACGGAAGCCAAGGCGCUGGGACUCUGGAACCUCUUCCUGCCUCAGUGUGUGGUGCCAGCUCUGGAUGGCAAUGGACCAGACGUCAACUACGGUGGAGACCUGACGAAUCUCGAGUACGGACUCAUGUGUGAGGUCAUGGGACGCUCCAUUGUGUUGGCUCCGGAGGUUUUCAACUGCUCAGCACCCGAUACCGGCAACAUGGAGAUCUUGACGCGGUUCUGCACUGUGGAGCAGAAGCAUCAGUGGCUUGUUCCUCUUCUUCAAGGUGAGAUCCGAUCGUGUUUCGCGAUGACGGAGAAGCGUGUGGCUUCGUCGGAUGCGACGAACAUCGAGACGCGCAUUGUACGCGACGAACAGCGUCAAGAAUACGUCAUCAAUGGCCACAAGUUCUACAUCUCUGGAGCUGGAGACCCACGAUGCAAGAUCAUUGUGCUCAUGGGCAAGCACACGGAACGAGCCAAGGAGAGUCCAUUCAAGCAGCAGUCGAUGAUCCUCGUGCCUAUGGACACACCCGGCGUGCAGGUCGUGAAGCCCAUGCAUGUCUUUGGCUACGACGACGCACCGCACGGACACAUGGAGAUGCUGUUCAAGGACGUGCGUGUGCCGUUCAGCAACGUGUUGCUCGGUGAAGGUCGCGGCUUUGAGAUCGCUCAGGCUCGUCUUGGACCUGGCCGUAUCCACCACUGUAUGCGAGCCAUCGGAGCUGCUGAGCGUUGUCUUGAGCUGAUGGUGCAGCGAGCCAAGACACGCACAGCGUUCAAGCAGCUCCUGGCCGAGAAUCCGCUCGUGUGUUCGCAGAUUGCCAAGUCGCGUUGUGAAUUGGACAGCGCGCGCUUGUUGACGCUCCAGGCUGCACAUCAGAUGGACAAGCACGGCAACAAGGUGGCGCAACAGGCCAUCGCUAUGAUCAAGAUCGUGGCGCCUAACAUGGCACUGGACGUCUGCGACCGAGCCAUCCAGAUCCACGGCGCUUCUGGCGUGAGUCAGGACUUUGUCCUGUCUUACUUGUACGCCGCCCUGCGCACGCUACGUAUCGCCGACGGACCGGAUGAAGUGCACAUGCGGACCAUCGCAAAACUCGAGCUGAGCCACUCGAAGUUGUAAGAGAAAUGUAAGGCAAAAGCAAGCGUGAA